AUGAGAGGGGAGGAGACGGCCAAGGGGGUCAGAGCAGCGAUUGGAGCUGAGAGCUGGAAGCGCCUUAAAGAGACUGCGCGGAAACGGGGCCUGGCUGCAGAAGCGGCCUCCGCUAGGGGGCUUCGGCUGGAGCAUUCCCGGGGGCGUCGCCUGCUUCCGCUGCCGCCUCCUUCAGUGAAAGUCCCUUUUGGGUCCAGAUACCACAGCCACCGCGCUCCGUCAGGCCGGACGGGGGACACCCCAGGUCUGCGUGGCCCCCGCCACCACGCCCAGUGGCCGCCGGAGCCCCGCGAGCAGGGGGAGGAGCCGCAGCCAGUGGAGGCGGAGGAGAGGAAGGUGGAGGCGGAGAAGGUGGAGGGGAAGGUGGAGGCGGCUGGGAAGGUGGACGCCACCGAGAAGGUGGAGACAGCAGGGAAGGUGGACGCCACCGGGAAGGUGGAGACCGCGGAGGAUCCGGGCCGCGGGGCUGAGCUCAAGCUGGAGCCGGAGCCAGAGCUCAAGCCGGAGCCCGAGCCCGAGCCCGAGCCCGAGCCGGAGCCGGUGCCCGAGCCCGAGCCGGAGCCCGAGCCGGAGCCCGAACCGGAGCCGGAGCCCAAACCGGAGCCGGAGCCCAAGGCGGAGCUGGAGCGGGAGCCCGAGCCCGAGCCCGAACCCGAACCAGAGCCGGAGCUGAAGCCGAAGCCCGAGCCCGAGCCUGAGCCCUUACAGGAGGCAGAGCAGGAGCCUAAGCGGGAGCCCGAGCAGGAGCCGAAGGAUGAGAACCCAGCGCGGAGCGGUGGUGGCGGCAGCGUCAGCGGCGAAGAGGUUCCUUCCCCCACCCUCCCCUCCGAUCCACCGCGGGCCCCCGAUCCCUCUCCGCGUCGCAGUCGUGCCCCGCGCCGCCGACCCCGGCCCCGGCCCCAGACUAGGCUCCGUACCCCGCCGCAGCCUAGGCCACGGCCCCCGCCCCGGCCCCGUCCCCGGCGCGGUCCCGGGGGCGGGUGCCUGGAUGUGGAUUUUGCUGUGGGGCCACCAGGUUGUUCCCACGUGAACAGUUUUAAGGUGGGAGAGAACUGGAGGCAGGAAUUGCGGGUUAUCUACCAGUGCUUCGUGUGGUGUGGAACCCCAGAGACCAGGAAAAGCAAGGCAAAGUCGUGCAUCUGCCAUGUGUGUGGCACCCAUUUAAACAGACUCCACUCUUGCCUUUCCUGCAUCUUCUUUGGCUGCUUCACAGAGAAACACAUUCAUGAGCACGCUCAGACAAAACAGCACAACUUAGCGGUAGAUCUUUAUUACGGAGGUAUAUACUGCUUCAUGUGUAAAGACUAUGUGUAUGACAAAGACAUUGAGCAAAUUGCCAAAGAAGAGCAGGGAGAAGCCUUGAAAUUACAAGCCUCCACCUCAACAGAGGUUUCUCAGCAGCAGUGUUCAGUGCUGGGCCCUGGUGAGAAAUAUCUCACCUGGGAAACGACCAAACCUGAGUUAGAACUGCUGGGGCACAACCCACGGAGAAGAAGAAUUGCCUCCAGCUUUACCAUCGGCUUACGAGGACUAAUUAAUCUUGGCAACACAUGUUUUAUGAACUGCAUUGUCCAGGCCCUGACCCACACUCCAAUACUGAGAGAUUUCUUUCUCUCUGACAGGCACCGGUGUGAAAUGCCUAGCCCUGAGUUAUGUCUGGUCUGUGAGAUGUCUUCGCUCUUUCGAGAGCUAUAUUCUGGAAAUCCAUCUCCUCAUGUUCCCUAUAAGUUACUACACCUGGUGUGGAUACACGCUCGUCAUUUAGCAGGGUACAGGCAACAGGAUGCCCACGAGUUCCUCAUCGCUGCCCUAGAUGUCCUGCACAGGCACUGCAAAGGUGAUGAUGUUGGCAAGGUGGCCAGCAAUCCCAACCACUGUAACUGCAUCAUAGACCAAAUCUUCACAGGGGGCCUGCAGUCAGACGUCACCUGUCAAGCCUGCCACGGUGUCUCCACCACUAUAGACCCAUGCUGGGACAUCAGUCUGGACUUGCCUGGCUCUUGCACAUCCUUCUGGCCUAUGAGUCCAGGGAGGGAGAGCAGUGUGAAUGGGGAAAGCCACAUACCAGGCAUUACUACCCUCACGGACUGCUUGCGAAGGUUUACAAGGCCAGAGCACUUAGGAAGCAGUGCCAAAAUCAAGUGUAGUGGUUGCCAAAGCUACCAAGAAUCUACCAAACAGCUCACUAUGAAGAAGUUACCAGUUGUUGCCUGCUUUCAUUUCAAACGGUUUGAACACUCAGCCAAACAGAGGCGCAAGAUCACUACAUACAUCUCCUUUCCUCUGGAGCUGGAUAUGACACCGUUUAUGGCGUCAAGUAAAGAGACCCGGAUGAAUGGACAGUUGCAGCUGCCGACCAACAGUGGGGACAACGAGAAUAAGUAUUCCUUGUUUGCUGUGGUUAAUCACCAAGGAACCUUGGAGAGCGGCCACUACACCAGCUUCAUUCGGCACCACAGGGACCAGUGGUUCAAGUGUGAUGAUGCCGUCAUCACCAAGGCCAGUAUUAAAGAUGUGCUGGACAGUGAAGGGUAUUUACUGUUCUAUCACAAACAGGUCCUGGAACAUGAGUCAGAAAAGGUGAAAGAAAUGAAUACACAAGCCUACUGAAGCAACACACAGGCCUACCUGUAAUGGAAGAUGACGACACUCGACACUCACACUACAACAGGCAUCGAGAUUUAAUUGAUCUACUUGACCGAGGCCGAUGGGCCUGACAGAGUAAGAAUUUAACAGUACCCAGUGUCCAAAAGGUCCUGAUUGGAAGAGAAAUAGGAGGGGAGGGAGAAGAGGCUGUAGUCUAAGCAGUCAUGUGAAAGAAAUUAAAUGGCAGGAAUGUUCUGGGUGGGGAAGACAGAGCAGGGAAACUGUGACACUGGUUCAUAUCCUAUAUUCCUCCAAAAG